AUGGCGGAUCGUGGCGGAAGAGGGCGAGGUGGUGACCGCGGACGCGGAGACUUCCGGGGACGUGGACGUGGCGAUGGUGGUAACUUUGGCGGUGGACGAGGAAGAGGAGGAUUCGAGGGUGGUGACCGUGGUCGUGGCGGUGGCGGAGAUCGUGGAGGUGGCUUUCGAGGCGACCGUGGAGGCGGUUUCCGCGGUGACCGUGGUGGAGGAUUCCGCGGUGAUCGCGGUGGAGGAUUCCGUGGUGAUCGCGGUGGGGGCUUUCGUGGCGGCCGCGGCGGUGCUGCAGAGGGCCCUCGAGUGUUUGGUGGUGGCAAUGUGCCAAAACCGAACGCCGAGGUUACCAAGCUCGAGAAUGCCAUGGUGAAGGGCGACCUGUCUGCGGCCAUGGCAUCUGCAUCACUAGACGUCGUGCUUCCCAAACGGCCCGCCUACGGAACCGCGGGUAGAGCUAUCGUUCUCUACACGAACUACUUUGAACUGAAAGGAAUCGCUCCCAACACCGACCUAUACCGCUACUCGGUGGCAUUCCAACCGGACAACGACAUCCCAAAAGCAAGAAAACGCCGCCUCGUAGAGCUUUUGUUGCAGACUGCGCCGUUCAAAGGCCUGCCAAUUGCCAGCGACUGGGCCCAGACCCUCAUCUCACCAAAGAAGAUACCAAUCGAGGGAGAUCGAGCCAGCUACGUUCUCGAGUGGUUCCCGGCAGAUGGCGAGCCGCUUCCUGCCCCCGGCCCGGAUGAGAGUGACAGGGUCAAAGCCGCACGGAAGAGAAACACGCACACGGCCCUUGUGGUAGUGCUGGGAACGGUGUCGUUGAGGGAUCUGCUGGACGAUGUCUCGAAAUCCUCAACCAACUACCCGCUGAAGCUUGAGACCAUUCAGGCCCUGAACGUCCUCAUGACGCAUGGGCCGAGCAGCGAGUCCAGCAUUGCCACCGCUGGAGGCAACAAGUUCUACCCAUUCGGCGACCAUCCCCAGCUCCAGUUUGCAGACCUUGGAUCUGGCCUGCAGGCCCUCCGCGGCUACUUCACGAGCGUGCGGACGAGUGUGAAUCGCAUUUUGGUCAACGUCAACGUAGCCACUGGCGCUUUCUACAAGGCGGGGCCGCUUCUCACCGUGAUGGGAGAGUUUACAGGCGGCGGCCCGCCGACCAACGAUAGCCAGUACCGUAAGCUGGCGGCUUUUGUCCGAUUGCUAAAGUUCGAGACCAACUACAUGCCCGACAGGGACAACAAAGGCAAGGCCAAGACGAGCAAGGGCAAGCCGGUUACCAAGAGAAAGGUGCAUGUCAUCACCAACUUGUCGCCGUUUGGCAAGAACAGCACCAACAUCACGUUUGUGGCGACGGACAAGGACGGAAAGACGACCAAGCUGUCUAUUGCAGAGCACUUCAAGCGGCAGUACAACAUUACUCUUUCAGCGCCCCAGGCCCCUGUGGUCAACUACGGCAUGAACAACGACCCCAAGUGGAUCCCUGCUGAGCUGUGUUCGGUCUUGCCCGGCCAGCUCGCGAAGCGCUUGCUGCUUGGACCCCAGACGAGCGAGAUGAUCAGGUUCGCGGCCCGUCGACCUCAUCAGAACGCCGAGUCGAUCACGGAGGAGGGUCUCAAGGUCACCAAGAUCAAUCCCAUCGCUGAUGGGCUGAAUGUUGCCCUCAGCAAGUUCGGCAUCAAGGUCGACCCUCAACUCCUGACCGUGCCCGGACGCAUCCUUGAGGCGCCGGACCUGCAAUACAAGGCCAGAAGCACCAAGCCGCGGGGCGGUGCGUGGAAUCUCGAUCCGCGGCAGCUUGGAGACAAACCGUUCAGGUUGGUUGUGAAGCCACUCGGGGCCUGGAACACGCUCGUCAUCAACUCCGGUAGCCGCGACACCAUCUACGGAGGCCCUGCAGCAGUCAAGCAGCAUCUCGAGCAGUUCAGGAAUGCGCUGCAGACGUACGGGCUCAACCCUGGCCCGAUCCAGGAGCCGGUCGUGAUGAACGUCUCGCCCAGCGAGCUCAACAACAAGGAGUUCACCAAGCUCCAAGCGCAACUAACCGACACUCUGCGGACAAAGUUUAAGAGCAAGCCCAACUUCCUGUUUGUGCUCCUCCCUAACGACAACGCGACGCUGUACGAUGCGAUCAAGUUUGUCUGCGAUUGCCAGCUGGGCAUCCCCAACAUCUGCAACAUCGGCCAGAAGUUUUCGAAAGAGAAGGGCCAGAUGCAGUAUUUCGCGAACGUGGCCAUGAAGUUCAACCAGAAGCUUGGUGGUGUUAAUCACACGGUCGACGCGAGGAAGAUGGCGCCUCUGGACGCGCAGACGAUUCUGUUUGGCAUCGACGUGACGCACCCGUCGCCCGGUAGCUCGGACAAGGCACCGAGCAUCGCGGGCGUUGUGGCCUCGGUUGAUGCGAUCUUCUCUCAAUAUCCAGCCAGCUUGCGGACGCAGACGGGCCGCGAGGAGAUGGUCGAGGAGCUCGAGGAGAUGAUCAUCGAGCGCGUGAAGCUGUGGCAGAAGCGCAACAAGGGCGGUCUCCCCAACAAGGUGAUUGUGUACCGCGACGGCGUCUCGGAAGGACAAUACCGGCUGGUGCUGCAGCACGAGCUCCCCGCGUUCGAAAAGGCGUUUGACAAGCUGUACGGCGCCAAAGCCAAGCACCCGAAGAUAUCCAUCGUCGUCGUCGGCAAGCGCCACCACACACGCUUCUACCCGACGCAGGAAACCGACACGGACGGCCGCACGGGCAACCCGAUGCCCGGCACGGUAGUGGACCGCGGGGUGACGGGCGAGAAGCUCUUCGACUUCUUCCUGCUCGCGCACCAAGGCCUGCAGGGGACGUCGAAGCCGGCGCACUACAUUGUGAUCCGAGACGACAUCAAGCUGGGCGCGGACCAGCUGCAGAGCCUGACGCACGCCCUCUGCUACACGUUUGCGCGCGCGACGCGCUCCGUCAGCAUCUGCCCGCCGGCGUACUACGCCGAUCUGCUGUGCGAGCGCGGGCGGUCGUACCUGCACAGCGUACUGAAGGGCGAUGGCUGCACGGCGUUUGCGGAUACGCAGUGGCGGCGCGAUGUCCAUCCGGCGCUGAUGGAGAGCAUGUACUACUUGUAG